AUGUCCGACACUCUUUCUGAUGCGGAAAAGGUUGGCAGGUCCUUGUUCACCCUCGACUCCACCGUCAUGAUCCGCAACAAGCGCCUUGCGAAGCUUUCAAACCCAGCCGCUUCUUCGGGUCCUUCCACUGGUGACUCUUCCGGUUCCCCUCCGACCUCCUCGAACCCUUCUCGAGCACAGUCGCCGUUGCCGCUGAGCCAGCUCGAUGGAGCUGCCAACGACAACGCGCCGUCUACUACACAGACCUCACAGCAGCCGGAAGGAAAGCGGAUUAAGAUCACACCAAGUACUCAGGCCUCAGUUCCGGAACGACCACGCUCUACUGGACCAUCUUCUGCCCAAACAAAUUCGCCUGCAAAGCCUUCACCGCAAAUCAUCGAGGAUUUCGAGCAUCAGGUGUUGGGAGUUCUGUUCAAUAUCACCGUGAAGGAGGGUGUCGAGACAAAUGAUCACCGGAUUUCGCUCCCCGGAUUGCGGAGUGAGUUGCAAGAUGAGGGCAAGGAACUGCGUCUGCACACUGGGAUAUUGGACCAAGCGAUCUUGGAAGCUGCGUCAAAAGCAGAGAAGCAACGUCCGCUUGAUUACUUGCUUCCUUGCUGGAGCAGGAUCCAGGAGAGAAUGAAGAAGCCAGAUCCAGACACAAGAAGGUGGGAUGUAUACUGCGAAGCGAAGCGGCUGUGCCUUAGCUAUUGCAUUUUUGCGAUUACGAUGCCGGAGAUGUUUGGAAUCGAGUCUACUGAGGAAUCACCAUUGGCUCAGCAAUUACUGCUGAGCCCUGACGAUAAUUUAAGGAGAGGAGUCACGCCUGAAUUCCUCAAGGAUUUGAGCGCGAAGUUCGACGAAGAUGACAGUCUUAAGCCUGCUGUGAUUGCUGCGGUUGAAGAACUCAGUGCUCAGUUGUCUUCCAGAGAUGCUAAUGGAGAUUUUCAACCAUAUUUCACGGCAUUGAGAAAUCUCGUUGAUAAUAAGAUCAUUGCCUCGGCUAUCACUGAGUCUUCGAUCUUUAAUGCUUCGAGGGAUCCAGCUCAGUUUGAGAAGACAACUCUGCUGGGACCAUGGUUCCGGCUCUCUCCUCUUCAGCCUAAAGUGACAAUGUCGUACUUUUCCAGCCCCAAAACGAGAGAUCAUGGGUUUAUUUUGAACUCGCAGAGCUCUCUCCGCAUGAUGCAGAAUAUGAUUCAAUGGGACCUCGACUAUAUUACAGGCAAGAUUCUCCACGCAUCCACUGAAGCCAAGAAUCGAUUCUUGGAUUGGGUUGCGACGGCUCUGAAUAUCAACCAUAAGAGACGGGCCAUGCAAGUUGAUCCAGAGCAGGUUGCAUCGGAUGGCUUCAUGUUCAAUUUGACAUCUACUCUGGAUAAACUUUGUGUCCCCAUCAUGAACAUUGAUUUCCGCAAAAUCCACACCUUCCAUGCAGAGUAUUUCCAAAAAGGCCCCCGGGUCGACAUACGAGAUGAGACAAAGAUCAACGCCGAUCAAAAUGCCUCUGAUGCAUUCUAUUCCAAGAAACUGGAGGGCAGCUCCAAUUUCAACAGCGAGCUCUUUUUCCUGACAAUCGCUGCGCAUCACUAUGGAAGCGAAUCGCUGACCUCAAAGCUGGAGCAACUCGACAAAGAUCUCAAGCACAUGGAAUCGACCAUUAACAAGUUCGAGGCCGAGCGGCAGCGGUGGGCUUCGAACCCUAUGCAGUUGCGUGUGUUUGAGCAGGCGCUCAAGAAAUACCGUGACAAGUUCGAUCUUGGCCUAGCAUUGAAGUACAGUCUCCAAGCUGUGCUCCUUGACGAACAAUGGCAGAUUCGAUCAAUAGAGGUCAUCCGACACGUUGCUGUCUGGCUCUUGAGAGCUGCCUCGGGAGUGAAUUAUCCCCAAGAGAAGCUCACCUUGCCUCUUCCACAGCAGGAACCCGAAGUGUUUCAGAAUCUUCCAGAGUACUUCUUGGAUGUCAUCAUCAGUAACUUCAAGUUCGUCAGCUGGGCUAUUCCGCACACCAUUACCGCUGCCCUGGGCGAUGAGCUGGUGAUGUUAUGCAUCACAUUCCUGGAGAGCUCGAGUUAUAUUAAAAACCCAUAUCUCAAGGCUGGUCUCGUUUCCAUGCUCUAUCGCGGCACGUUAGACCGCCCCGGAGGUCAUCGUGGUAUUCUCGUCGACCUUCUCAACUCCAUGCCGUUUGCCAAUGAGUACCUCCUGCAUGCUGUGAUGAAAUUCUACAUUGAAGCAGAGCACACUGGAGCGCACACUCAGUUCUUCGACAAGUUCAACAUUCGCUAUGAGAUCUUCCAGAUUAUCAAAUGUAUCUGGCCCAACACAUUAUACCGAAAGAAGUUGUCCUACCAAGCCACGCAAAACCAGGACUUCUUCGUUCAAUUUGUCAACCUCCUGCUGAACGAUGUGACAUAUGUCCUUGACGAGUCGUUUGGCGCUUUCAAAACCAUCCGUAACAUCCAAGAAGAACUCAAACGCGAUGGUGAUUCGAUGGACCCGAAUACGCGGCAGGAACGCGAAGAACAUUUGGCGUCGACGCAGCGUAGCGCCAAAUCCUACAUGCAGCUGACUAAUGAGACCAUGGCCAUGCUGAAGCUUUUCACUGCUGCCCUGGCUGAUUCGUUCACUAUGCCGGAGAUCGUCCAGCGGUUAGCGGAUAUGUUGAAUUACAACCUCGACGCCAUGGCCGGACCGAAGAGCUCCCAGCUCAAAGUGGAAGGCAAUGUGCAGUUGAUGGUAGAAAAGUACGGCUUUGACCCGAAGGUACUUCUCAGCGAAAUCGCCAAGAUCUACCUCAACCUGAUGAACAAGCAAAACUUCAUCACGGCCAUCGCUCGUGACGGGCGAUCAUAUAGACCGGAGCUGUUCAAACAAGCUGCCGAUCUCCUGCGACAGCAUAAUUUGACGCCCGAAGAGGAUUUGCGGCGCUGGGACCGGCUGCGAAAACAGGCCCAAGAAGCCAAGGAGGCCGAUGAGCAAGCAGAGGAGGACCUGGGCGAGAUUCCGGACGAUUUCCUGGAUCCUCUCAUGUACACUCUUAUGGAAGACCCUGUCAUUCUGCCUAGCUCCAAGAUUUCCAUUGAUCGAUCGACUAUCCGCUCGCAUCUGCUCAGUGACCCUAACGACCCAUUCAAUCGUGUGCCCUUGAAGAUGGAAGAUGUGCUACCUGAUACUGCGCUCAAAGCCAAGAUCGAGGCGUUCAAGGCAGAGCGAAGAGGCAGGAAAGAACCAGUAGCUGAGCAGAUGGAUACGUCUGCCGACUAA